CAAGGCGAAACUGACAUCGUCGGUUGUUGACGGGCCAGUACCGCUGCAGCGGGUGCAUCACAGAAUGAGGGGUGCAUCGACUUCGAAACCUAUAUGCUGAGGUUCUAGUAAGUCCUCUCUCUUCAAAAUACGGGUUCUCGCUUGGCGACACCUGUUUCUGCCCGCGCGUCCGCGAUGACAUCGGCUGCUCGCGUCGAGCUUGCGGCACGAAGAAUCGCACGUUGUGGUUGAAGUGAAGGAGAGGGAUUUGCUCUCCCCUUGCACUCCGUCAAUCUUUCAUCACACAGAACGUUCGAAUGCGACUCCCUAGCAGGUGCGAACGACGAAGUAUCAUACCACUGGUGCAGUGCGAAACAUAAAAUGGAUUCAAGGGGCCCUCCUGAGGGGGCCCCUGGCCAUUCCUUCGAGGUAGCCACAUCCUUGAAUAUCGACAAGGUAGUUGACACUUCAGUCAACUGGCCUACCGAUCAUGCUUUCGCCUCGUCUCCGUAUGAGCAACCGAAGAAGGUGAACAACAGGCUGUUAUUCUUGACUGUGGAAUAUGUGGAAGAUCAAACUCGAGACUAUUCUCGGUUAUUUCCCACUUAUGAACAGAUCCUCUCUCCACGAGCAGCUUCCCCUCUGUCUGAAUUUGAAAAUCGUGUCAGCCCAUUUGAUCCAAACAUGAGUUCUGCUGCUAGAUACUCUCCUACACCUGUCCAACUGCCUUCUCCAUCUUUUCACAAUUCUGUUGUUGUACUUCAAGGCCCAUCUUCUCCCUUGAUAUCCCAGUCUGAAUCAAAUAUAAGAACGAGUAUCAAUUAUGUGACUCAGUUGACUCAUCCCAUCGAUGCUCAAGCUCAAACAGAUCCUUCUGCAGAUUUUAAUAGCAAUGGGAACGAAGAGGGACUUGUAUCCAGUGUCAGCAGUGAAUUAAUUUUGAUGCAGGAAUCUACACCCGAGUUGGAAUCUUCGACGACUCCGUUGAUGUUAACGGGAAUAACAGGCACAGACUUCACUCUUACCAGGGACUUUCUAGUGAUGCAGGAUGAUCAAAUAAAUGUUAUCAAUACAUUCAAAAACCAAAACAUUGAGAUAGAGGACAAUCAAGGCGAGGAAAACGUGGAAGACGUUACAAUCUGUAACACUUUGCCAUCUGUAACGGAGGAUUAUAAAGUAAACAAAGAGAACAAUAAUGAAUCUGUGCUGGAGUGUGACAAGGAAAUUCAACAGAUUACUGAAGGAGUGUCACUAUCUGAAAAGAAGAAAACGGUUGAGAAAAAAGACGUAAGGAGAUCCAAACGACAUAUAACGGACAAAAAAGACUUUUGGUGCGACGAGUACGACGGCAAUUGCGCCAAAGAUGACAGCUGUAACUUGCACGAUGUAUGCACUAUUGCGGAUCAGCCGGUACCAUCGCGUGCUAUAGCAACACUGCCAGGAUCAUAUCUUUCAUUAAACAAACUAUCUACGUCGCAUGCUACAGCGGAUGGGGUAACUUACGGCGUGUUUGCGAAGCGUGACAUUCGAAGACGCACGCAAUUCGGACCCAUGGAAGGCGUACUGUGCAAAUACGACGGAUCGUUCUUCGAAAAUGCUUUACCACUGCUCUACGAAACUGAGAGUGGCGAAUUAUUCAAAGUAGACGUGUCCAACGAAAACACCUCAAAUUGGAUGCGUUUCGUUCGCCCUGCACUGACAUAUAAAGAACUGAACUUAGUAAUCUGUCAGCAAAAGGACGGAAUAGUGUUCCUAACUACCAGAAACAUUUCGGCAAAGGAAGAGCUAAAGGCAGGUCCUGGUUUUGACUACGCGAUUCGGAGGAAUUUAUCUGUACUCAAACCAGACACAAAAGAUGAGAAAGAAAUAGCUAACCAAAUACCUGCGUGGCCGCGAUUGGAUGGCAACUCUUAUAAUCGACGCAUAAAGGUGUUCCGCGGCAGAAACAUAAAAGAGAAGGAGAACUCGCAGCGGAACAAGUGCAAGGAAUGGAAAUGUUCCACGUGCAGUCUGAUCUUCAGGAAGCCGUCUCUGCUAAAUUUGCAUACGCUCGUUCAUUCGUCUAACGAUAUCAAAAUUGAGAAUCAAAACUCCACUUGUCCGCAAUGCGGAUUAGAAUUUCAGAAACAAAGCGAGCUAGUGAAUCAUGUGUCUCAGCACGGACGAUUCGCGCCACCCAAGGCGAAGAGAUUAACUCCCCUAAGUACGUACAAGUGUUCAAUGUGUUACAAGCGUUUUGCUACGAAGAUACGAUUACAACAGCACUGUUUGGCGCAUGGUGCUGAGGACCAAAAACCACUGCCGUGCAAUAUCUGCUUGAAGCGAUUUAUGAAUAAUUCCGCUUUAUCCGGUCAUCUGAAGACACAUAAAGAAAAUAAGCAAGUCUACGAGUGUCCAAUGUGCAGGCAGCUGUUUCGCCAAGGCACAAUGCUGAAGGAUCACGUUGAGACACACAAAAAUCAGGACGGCAUAUUCAGCUGCCCUCACUGCCAGCGAACAUUCAUUAAGUAUUCGGUUAUUAGUAAACACAUUCGGGCACAUCAUUGCGAGAGAAAGCACAAGUGUCAGUACUGCGCGAAAUAUUUCCCAACAAUCGACAAAUUGCGAAUGCACUUGCUAAAACAUUCCGAUCACAGAGAGUUUCAUUGUGCGAACUGUGAUAAACAGUUUAAGAGGAAGGACAAAUUGAAAGAACACAUGGUGAAGAUUCACCAUUCGCAAACGGCUAGCGAAGAACAAAUACAAAACAACCAGACGAAGAAAUUCGUUCCAAAGGUAAAUCCAAAUGAUUACAAUCGCUUUGUUUUCAAAUGUCAUCAAUGUCUAGUGGGUUUCAAACGAAGGGGGAUGCUGGUGAAUCACCUAGCGAAACGGCAUCCCGAUGUCGCUCCAGAGUCUGUGCCAGAAUUAAAUUUACCUAUUCUACGGCAAACUAGAGACUACUAUUGUCAAUACUGCGACAAGGUUUACAAGAGUAGCAGUAAACGUAAAGCGCACAUUAUGAAAAAUCAUCCAGGUGCGGCUUUGCCACCCAGUAACCGGCAAAAGGAGUCAGAAUUUUUGGGAUUGCCGAAUCCAAGCUUCAGCCAAACGGUGGGCAGCAUCACUACUAUUCCCCAAGGUUGCCAAUGGUGUCACAAGCAAUAUGCCAGCAAAGCAAAGCUCCUGCAACAUCAACGCAAGAAGCACGCGCAUCUGAUGGAGCCAGCGGAUCAAAUACCGCGAUCGCGAAAUCGGCCGCCGCAGAAUCAAAAUCAACCACCUGUAAUGAACGUAAAUAACUUCGUAAUAUCAGACUAUGUACAAGAGUGUGACAUGAAUGGGGAUUUUCUCAAGCAGAAGAUAAUCAAAAUCACGAACGACGUUGAUUUGAUAAGCAACAGCAUGGAAGUUGGAGUCGGUCAGCAGUUUGUGCGUAUGCGCGAUAUACGCUGAAGAGAAGUGCGGCGUCUCCGUCAACGGGGAUGAGCGUCGCCAAUUUAUCGAGAUAUGAAUCUCGCGACUUUUGUACGCAGCCCAGGCUGGCUGCGAAUUUUUUGGCUGCCGUUACCAAGUGGGGACGACGCUGCCUGGGCGAAGCAAUGGCGGCGAAGCGUCUCGCCAGAGAAUAUUUGGGACGCGGCUUUGUCGACGCCGGUGCGAAACACUCGGCGUUGUUUUGUUGGUUGUACGUUGGUCGGUCAACAAGCAACGGCUAUCGAUAAAAUAGUGACUUGUUGGCAGAUUUGUUGGAGAAAUGGAGCACAUGCAAUUUUAAGAGAUUACUUCGACUGAUCCUCGAGACGAGAAAAUAAGAAAAAAAAGCACAAAGCCUAAAUACGUCGACUGGAAGAAAUUCGGCGAGGCUCGAGGAAAUCUACUUGCAACGGAGAAACUCUGUAGUCUCGUACAAUUGUUGAGAUCUUUCCUUGAAAUAUUGACCCUUUGAGUGCGGAACAGUGCGACGAAAAAGCGCUCUGUGCGGCCGAAACUCAGGGAGAUUGUCGAACGUUUCAGUAGAACAGAAAUAAAUUAAUGUUCUAAACUUAAGGUAAUAAAACCUACAACUGAAACUGUUGCUAAAAGCCAAGCUAAAAGAGUGAACGUGCAGAUUGGAGCAAACACCGGUAGUUCUUAGCGAACUCUGAGUGCAUGUAUGCAUCCACAGGUCAUAGCGAACGUAUUACCUUGAGCGCAUAUAUGCGUCCAGAGCACUCAAAGGGUUAAAAGUACCGAGCAUAAACGAAAAAGAAAAAAAGGUAGAACGAGUCCUGGUACUAUCGACACGUCCUUUACGCUAGGGCCUGGUAGUUACUUUUAAAAUCUAUUACCAAGCUUAAAUCCGAUGUCAUUCGAGUGUGAAGUAGAUGGACCAAAUUUAAGCUUCAAGUUUGAGAGCGAUGUUUAAAUCCAGCUUAAAUUUGGCAGCGGCAGCGAAUUCGCCGCGUCUUAGAUCGGCGUGACUUCUUCCGUAAGACGAUGAUUGUGUUGGAUAGCGACUCACGUCGCACUGUUCGACGAGUUAAAACGUUAAAAGAUCAUUGUUCGCAACGCAUUUGGCUUCAUUCAACAAAGCGAUUGUCUGUAGAUUACGUGAAAGCUUGCAGUUUCUGCAGGUAAUCGUCCAUUUCACUUUUGCUCUCUCUCUCUCUUUCUCUCGUAAUUUCAAGAUUUCGUCGUAAACGCUUGCGUCUACCGUUUCUCAUUUUAGAAUAAUAUAUAAGUACUCGCGUCUUUAGAUCUCAAACGUACCGUUUUCACGUAAUCGUUCCGUAUAAUCGCUGGUUUCAUCCACAUUAUAAAUCUAGUUCCACGCAACCGAGGAGAGCCCGUUUGAAAUCGUCGACUCGAGAUGUUCGGUUUAAAUCGACGCACGGUACUGUAGUUACGUAGACAAGAGGACCCUCGUCCUCGGCAACUUUACGAUACAGGUGUAAUGUACGUGUAAGUUUUAAGCUGUAUACCCGGCUACGCGUCACUCACACGUACAACAAGCACACGUACACCAAGGAAGCGAGUUUCCGCGAUGUCCAAGAUUGUGUGUUCCGCAACGUCUGAGCUCGAAUUAUUGUGUCCUUUCCGAUAAAAAAAGCCCAUCCGGUUGGUGUAUGUCGUAAACAACCGCGCGGUCAAUUUUCACAUUCGAAGAGAUUUAUUGUGACGAAACGUCGUUGAAUUUAUUUUACACGCGGUAUAUACACGACAUACAAUUUAUCGCAAAAUACGAAGACAAAAGAUUGCAUGUUUGUCGAUAUCGUUGAGUACAUGGAGGACUGUACUGUAAACAUGACUUAAAUAAAGUUAUUCGACGAGCGGA